GAUAAAUGUGGUGAUUUUAGGUCGUGUGCGUGACGUGUAUUCAUGACGUCUUUGGGUAAGUUGCUUUGUUUGUUUUACUUGUGGAGCUCGAGCGUCGGACUAGAACCCGUGAAAAACCUUCCAGAUUCCUUCCCGACGACUCCUGACACACGCAUUCCGUGGAAAACGAAGAUCCAAUGGCCACAAAACCUGAAACAAAAGAACACGUGAUCAUGGAUGGAGACAGACAACCACCUUCUACUGUCCUGGGUACAACCACGGCACCUGCUGUGACGACUGUGCAAGCGCAACAACCUCCCACUGUGUCAGUGGUACAAGCCCAGCUCCCCCCUUCUGUAUCAGUGGUGCAAGCCCAGCUCCCCCCUUCUGUAUCAGUGGUGCAAGCCCAGCUCCCCCCUUCUGCGUCAGUGGUACAAGCCCACCUCCCCCCUUCGGUAUCAGUGGUACAAGCCCAGCUCCCCCCUUCUGUAUCAGUGGUACAAGCCCAGCUCCCCCCUUCUGUAUCAGUUGUACAAGCCCAGCUCCCCCCUUCUGUAUCAGUGGUACAAGCCCAGUUGCCCCCUUCUGUGUCAGUGGUACAAGCCCAACUCCCCCCUUCUGUAUCAGUGGUACAAGCCCAGCUACCCCCUUCUGCCACAGUGGUACAGUCCCAAGCACCCGUCGUCUCAGUGAUUCCAUCGAAACCUGCACCCCCUCCUGCCACAUUGGUACAGUCCCAGCCAGUGAUGGCCCAGCCCAUCGGCACGUUGACUAUAAUAUCUCAGCCCGGCGCGUCAAACGUGGUGCCGCAUUCUGGCACGUUUGGCAUGAUCCCCCAGCCAGGGAGGCCCAGCACAACAGAUCUCGGAAUGAUACUUCAAACUGCGAAGACCGUCACGCCGAACCUUGGGGUCGUCUCCCGCCCUCUCACGUCCACCACCCUAAACCCGAGUAUCAUGCCACAGCCUGUCUCGUCUGUUGCUCCAAACUUCGGUGUGAUACCACAGCCUGCCACCUCCAACACGUUAAACCUGGCUAUGAUACUGCCUGCGGCAGCGAGCAGUCCAAACUUUGGUGUGAUACCCCACACAACAACAUCCGGUAUACAGAACCUCAGUGUGAUACCCCACCCAGCCACGUCAAGCUCUGCAAACUUGGGGAUAAUAACACAUUCUGUCACGGCAGGCGGACCAAACAUUGGUCUGAUACCCCAAGGCAGUGCCACCAGUCCGCUUGGUAUGAUAAUUCAGUCUACAACUUCUGGUGUGAUUCCCAAUCAAAGCAUUUCCAGUGUACCGAACGUUGGUUUGAUACCCCAGCCAAACACCAGCAGUGGUGUAUUACACCAGUCCACACCACCAAACCUUGGUGUGAUACUGCAACCCAGCACGACAAACCUUGGUGUGACACCCCAGCCCAGCUCACGAAACAUUGGCGUGAUACCCCAGCCUAGCACGUCAGGUGCACCACCAACCCUUGGUAUGAUAACCAAGCCAAACACAUUGAGCACACAAAACCUUGGUGUGAUAACCCAACCUAGCACAUCAAGCGCAGUGAACCUCAGUAUGACACCCAAACCAAGCACCUCUGGCACAACAAAUGCCAGUGUGAUACCCCACCCUGGUACAUCCAGUGCCGCAAACCAUGGUAGGAUACCCCAGUCCGGCACAUCCGCUGCGCCGAACGUUGGUGGGACACCCCAACCGAGCACGUCUAGUGCGCCAGACCGUCCACACGGCAGUACGGGACAAGAUGAAGGCGGGAAACCGCAGCCAGAGCUCUCUCCGAUGGCACAGCGCAAGCGUCGACUCUCCGAGAGAAGCGUGUCACAGGAGGCAAAUGGAGAAGGACCUUUGGACCUGGUUACCAUGGAUGAACUGGAGUUUACCUGGGAUGAAUACCUGGAGGAUACUGAAACGAUUGCAGCACCGAACACCUCAUUCAAGCAUGUGGAGAUCAGUUUGCAGAGUGGGUUUGUGCCAGGCAUGAAGCUGGAAGUGGCCAACAAGGCUAACCCUCAGACAUACUGGGUGGCAACAGUCAUCAUGACAUGUGGACAGUUACUGCUAUUGAGAUACGAUGGUUACAAGAAUGACCGCAGUUCCGACUUCUGGUGUGACAUCACGACAGCGGACGUUCAUCCGAUCGGCUGGUGCGCUCAGAACGGAAGGAUGUUACAGCCCCCUGAUGUGCGUCCAACUGGCCCUACUACUAGGGAAGAAGAUGACAAAAAAAGAGGACUGGUCAGCAUGACAACCAUUCGGGACAAGUGCAGCGACUGGGGUGAGUUCUUGGUGCAGACACUGACAGGGGCACGGACCGCGCCAACUCACCUGCUGGAAGGGCCCAACAAAGGUAUCAUGCCGGUGGACCAGAUCCGCCCGGGCAUGCGUGUGGAGGUCGGCGAGGAGAAGGAACCCGUGGCACUCUGGAUCGCUGUCAUCAUGGAGAACAUCGGGGGUCGCCUGCGCCUCCGCUGGGACGGCGUGGGGAACACGGAGACCCACGACUUCUGGCUCUUCUACCUGUCCCCACGCCUGCACCCUGUGGGCUGGGCGCAGAAACAUGGGUGUUACCUUAAACCUCCUCAAGUGAUCUCCAGUCUGUGCAGUAACCUGAGUGAGUGGUCGUCUGUACUGCAGCAGGCUGUUCUGGAAGCUUCCUCCAACCCGCUUCCUCCUGAUGCCUUCAAGGAUCAAGUGGAAGUGCGGUUACAUUCCUUCCAGGCAGGGUUAAAACUGGAGGCCAUUGACCCCCAUGCUCCUCACACCAUCACCCCGGCAACCGUAACCAAGGUGUUUAGCAGCAACUACUUCCUGGUUGAGAUGGAUGACCUACGACCUGAGAGACCUGGUAAUCGUGGGGUUGUGUGUCAUGCGGGGUCACAGGGCAUCUUCCCUGUGGGCUGGUGCAGCCAGCAUGGGCUCCACCUAACACCUCCAAAAGGCUUCCAGAGGCCCCAGUUUGAGUGGACAGAAUACUUGAGACUGUGCAAUGCCCAGGCAGCUCCUGCAAGCAUCUUUAAUAUGUCCAUUCCGGAUCACGAGUUCCAGAAGGGCAUGAAACUGGAGGUCGUUAACCCCCACAACCACGCGGAGAUCUGCGUAGCAUCCAUCACCAAGGUCGUGUCCAGGGUCAUGUUCGUUCACCUGGAGGGGGCGAAGGUCGCGGCCCACACGGCGCAGAACAUCGUGAUGGAUGUGGAGUCCAUGGAGCUGUUUCCUGUGGGGUGGUGCGAGACGAACGGGUACCCACUGUCAUCCCCUCCCAAGAGAGCCAUAGUGAAAAAGCCAAAGAAGGUUGCAGUUGUCCAGCCAGAAAAACAUGUUGGCAUGACAACCGGUGGCCAACCAGGCCCAUCCCACGCUAACCACUCCGAUGAUGCCAGGCAUGGUGGGUUUAGCGCCGCACAUAAAUAUGAGCCAGGGAAUAAGUACUGGUGCCCCAAGAUCUAUGUCAACCACAAGUGCUUCUCGGGACCGUACUUGAACAAGGGGCGGAUAGCUGAGCUCCCGCGGUCUGUCGGACCAGGGAGUGUGGUGCUCGUCUUGAAGGAAGUCCUGACGUUGCUGAUUAACGCUGCUUACAAGCCCAGCCGUGUGCUGAGGGAGCUGCAGGUCCACGGAGAGGGAAGGGAGGACAGGCACCAGCAACAGCUGAAGGCCAAGUACAUGGGGAAGAGCUACCGUGCGAUGGUGGAGAUGGUGCGGACGUCAGCAGAAGUGGACAGCUACUGUAAGGAGAUUUGUCACAAGCUGGAGUGCUGCCCCAACCUGUUCGGGCCACUCGAGGUCACGGAGGAGUGUCCAGAAAACUGCUCCAUUCUUACCAAGACUAAGUACACAUACUACUACGGGAAGCGUAAGAAGGGCCGCGUGGGUCGACCGCCGGGCGGCCACACCAACCUGGAGGGUGGACCCAAGAAACCAGGCAAGAGGAAGAAGAGGAAGAAGAUGUGCUUCGUGCAGAGGAAGAAACGAUCUGCCAAUACGGACGAGUCGGCGCAGAACUCGCCCGAGGGCAUGGACCAGAACGGGAGCGAAGGGAGCGAGUCUGGGGAGUCAAAAUCUCCCACACCGGAGGAUGAACAGCAGAGCUUGGAGCCAGCCCCUGCGCCCGUGAAGCGUGUCAGACGGGAACGGAAGGAGAAGGAGUUCAAGCUGCCCAAGCUGCUGAUCCACGAGCGCACCAGACGACAGACCGUGCCCCCUCGCUCCACAUACGAGCCGUACAUUGCCCCUCCCCGACCGGUCAAACCUGCAGCCUCUCCAACUACACAGCCCUCACAGGAGGAGGAGAAGUUGAGGCUGGACAGCAACCCGCUCUACUGGUCAGUCAUCGAAGUGGUCAAGUUUAUCAAGGACACCGACUGUGCCCCGCUGGCCAAGGUUUUCCUCGAACAGGAAAUUGAUGGGCAGGCCCUCCUCCUGCUGACCCUCCCCACAGUGCAGGAGUGUAUGGAGCUGAAGCUGGGGCCGGCCAUCAAGCUAUGUCAUCACAUCGAGCGGGUCAAAAUAGCCUUCUAUGAGCAGUUCGCAAAGUAGGAACAACUCUGUACAUAGUCUUCAUGGAAAGGUGCACUAGAAAUGGAAAAGCCCACUAUACUGUGGUAAGCAUAUCCCAAAGCAAAAUUCUCACUUGUUUUACAUAAGUCUGUCAUAGUCUAGAGCUGUCUCACUGUUUGAAACUUGCGUUUUGCUGACGGCUACUCACCUGAUGAUUGAAUUAUGUGAUGUCAGUCAUCUAAAUUUCCCAUUCAGUAUCACUAGUGCUUCUUAAUCUAGCUUUGCUGUGGAUGGAUUUCGAUGGACUUUCGGACAAAUUUCAGGGAAUUGACAAGUUAGUGGUCUUUCAAUUUGGUGAAUUGUUCGCAAUCCAAAUUCUCAGGAAAGCCAGGUUGAAAAGCACUAGCCACACUGGAUGGGAAAUUUAGAUCACUGACGUCACAUUAUUCAUCAUAAGGUGACUAGCCAUCAACACAACGCAAGUUUCAAACAGUUGGACAGCUCUGAACUAUGACAGACUUAUGUAAAACAAGUGAGAACUUUAUUUUCUGGUAUAUUUGUAUGGUAUAGUAGGCUUUUCUAUUUUUAAUGCAUCUGCCCUUUAAUGUAAUAUUCUACCAGGCUAUACUUGUAGCAAGCUUACAUAUAUGUGUCUCUGCAUUUGCUUGGCUAUGGUAGAGCGUGUUAUAAGUUGUAAAUGUGCUAAAUAGAGACUGCUAUGGUUGCAAGAGACACUAAAUAGGUUGCACUGAGCAAGUCUCUUGCUUGUAAAUACUGUAUUGUAACACAAGAGCAAUGUAUUAGUGCACAGAUGCUGUUUUAUGUAUUUAUAUAACCAAGAAUCUAUGAUAGAAUGAAAUGAUAACCAAGACAAGAGUGUUGUUCCCCUAUAGGAAACAAUUCCACAUUGUGUUGUAUUUUGAGAUCUCUAUGGAAAGGAAUUGGCACAUUUAAAGGCACAUAAUGUAGAACUUUGGCACCACAACUGCAAAUAUUCGGAAUUCAAAACCCCCCUUCAGAUUGAAAUUUAUAUAGAAAUGUGGCUGAAAGCAAUGACUUUGUUUUAUGUUUUAGUUGGUCAGAUUCCACAGGAUGUGCCUUGAAUGGUUUUAGAAGCAUUCCAUGAUACGAUAUUGUGAUUUGUUGCCAAUAGUUUCUAUAAUUAUAAGCUUCAUGAACACUUAAAUCAUUACAGUCUUGUUUCAUACAUGUUGGCUUAGUUUUUGUUUGAAAUUUCAGGAAGAGCAGAACUUGUUUUGAUUUUACUGUACACCACUUAAGGUCAUGGCGUUAAAUGAAUGUCAUCGGAUAUGAGCCAACAGUAGUUUCAACUGCUGUUACAUGUACAAUGUAUACUGUCUGUUUUAAAGCAAGAGAUAAAUGCUGAUGCCGGUUAUUUUAUUGUUACACGUAGUGUAAUCAUAAUAUCAACAGUGUUGAAUGUGUUGUUUCAGAGUGCAAAUGGUACGUAAUUCAGAAUAGCUACAUUUUGAUCAUGAAGUUAUGUCAUACUGAUGCUUGCUGUAAGCAACUUCAUCAAUUUAAUUUGUAAGUUUGAGAACGAAGUACAAAAUGUAACUUUGACCUACAAAUUCAUUCAAAAUUUAUUCAGGGUACAAACGAAUGACUGAUGAUCAAAUAUAUUGCAUUGGCUUUAAUGUAUAAUGAGGAUUUCUUGCAAAUGCUGUAUAGCCUGAAUGUACAUUCCACAAAUAGUGGACAAGCGGAAGGAAUUUCAAUUGUAAUGUGGUAAAAUAUCAGCAUCGUGCAAACCUGUUUUCUAGUUUAAUUCACAAAUUUCAUGCUUUUUCUGAGAGGGGGAUGAUAUGGGAAUGGGGUCGCCAGAAUGAAAACUGCAUACUUUUGUUGUAGUAUUAGUAGAGCAGAUUUUUCAAUCUUUUUCUUUGAGUAAGCUGGCUAUAUAUACAGUUUUUGCAUCCUGGAUAGAAAUGGUCUACAGAAUGAGUGGAUAGGAAUGUUGGGCUGAAUAGAAAUUGCCUCGAUGUGACAUGCUGAGAAAGAAGGAUAUUUUUUUAUAAGGAAGAGAAAUGUAUUUUGAAGAAAGAAUUCAAAUCUAGCACAGAGUGAACUAGUUUGAUGGUACUGGUGACUACAAAAUGGACACCUUGUGAAAUUGUAGAAUAGGAAUGACUGCAGAUGGAAAUAGAAUGUCAGAGAAACUUGUGGUAUUGUACAAUAUUGUAAGAAUAUAACUAAUUUGAAUGUGUACAGAUCUAAUGCUAUAUGGUCGGCUGUUAAGUGGCAAUGAAAGACCAUACAAGGAAUUCAGGCUUUGAACAAAGAAAGUGACAGUAGCUAUAGAAGGUGCUUUUAGUAGCAUGUGUCAUAAUUCUGCUAUUGUUGCAUUGCUUGUGUAAUGUACUUGCCAUGCACAGAAUUAAACUGUAUGUAAAAGCAA